AUGAUUUUGCUCGGCCUCAAUCUCGGCGGAGCAACAUUCCCGUGGAGCGGCUCAACUGUUAUAUGUCUCCUGGUGUUUGGUUCGGCCUCAAUUGCACUGUUUCUGUAUAGUGAGUUGCGUCUUGCCAGAUACCCGCUCAUGCCGUUGAGCGCCUUUCAGCGAGUGUCUAACAUUUCUGUCAUCAUCGUGGCCUUUGGACAUAGCAUGGUAGCAACCGGCACCGAAUUCUACUUGCCUCUGUAUUUUCAGAGCGUCCAAGAAGCGUCACCGCUUCGCAGUGGUGUCCUACUUCUUCCUUAUGUCUUGGCGGCAGCAGCAGCUGACUUUGUCGGCGGACUCAUCAUCCAUCGGACCGGCAAAUAUUUGAUUCUCCUCCAGAUGGGUUGUGUGCUCAUGACGUUGGGUACUGUCCAAAUCAUUGCAGCAGUAGGCAUGGCCCUUCUUUUCCAGACGCCCAUGCUGGCUGUGCAAAACUCAGUACAUAAAUCAGAUGUCGCGUCAGCUACAUCCACUUUGUCAUUUCUUUGCAGCUUAGCAUCCUCACUAGCUGUUGUUAUUGGGGGCUCCAUAUUCCAGAACAGCAGAACAGCAUCAACACUAGAGCUUCCGCACUGGCAGCGGCUGGCCUCAGUGGAUCUCUGCAGAACAGCCUCAACAGAGGGAACACUGCUGCAAAUGUGGAGAUCAUCAGAAACAUCACCAACUCUACACAACUUGAAGCUGUGA